AUGCUUCAGAAUAGCUAUAGGCAGUGGAGGAAUACUAUUCACAUAGAUUAUAAGAUGUUGAAGGCAGCUGGAAAAGAUCCACUUACCUCAUGUCCUUAUGACUGGAUUGAGCAAGAUGAGUGGAAAAGUAUGUGUGAUUGGUUCGAAGAUCCUAUAUUCAAGAAAAAAUCAGAAGCCAAUACAAAGAACCGUGCCAUGUUACCCUAUCCGCACACUGGCGGUUCAAAAUCAAAUCAUGUUCGAGCACAAGAGAUGGUUCCACCAAGUGCAAUUGAUGCCUGGACUGCUGCUCACAUAAAAAAGGAUGGCCAAUUUGUGAAUAAUACUGCAAAAUCUCUCGAUGAUGAGUUAAAAGAAGAGAGAAGGCAAUGCAUCGAGAAUGGAGAAAUUGUCAAUGAAGUUAAAAUUAUGGAAAAUGUCCUAGGAAAGAGGGCUGGUCGUGCCAAAGGGUUGGGUAUGGGGGUCAUACCACCCCAAUCUUCUCGCAAACCCGAAUCUUCAGCUAAUAGAGCACUACUUGAAGAACUAAAACAGUGCAAGGAGAAGCUUCAAUGCUAUGAGGAGCGAAUUCAAGCACAAGAUACCCAAAUCCAAAAUCUUGUACAAAGCCAGCAAGGGAUACAAGAAAUGCUGCAAGAAUUCCUCAUUUGGAAACAGAAGCAGUGUGGAGGUUCUUCCUAGUAAUGGUUUGGGAUGAACGUUUGGGACUGCU